CUCUGACAACACAAACAGGAAACAAGCCAAACAUGGCAGAUUAUUGAAAUAUAAAUCCUGGUCUACAUUGUAGAGCUAUGAACUAGAGACAAGGAGCCCCGUGCCGAUUGGUCUGAUGGGAGUGUGGAGAGGAGAGCGCCGCUAUAAAAGCAGAGUGAGAGCAGAGCGGCUCGAAGAGAGAGAAGACUGUAGCCUUCCUUCAGUCACAGCACAGAGAUACACACAGCGCAGCCAUGAGUGAGAGACAAGCAUCUGGAGCAACGACUGGAAACAGCAAACCAUCUGCUGGCCAAGGUCAACAAAAGGUUCCAUCUAAACAUGAAAAGAACAAGAACAACCUCCCCGAGGACUUUGACAUCGACAUGGAAAACCCGGAGACGGAGAAGGCCGCUGUCGCCAUCCAGUCGCAGUUCAGAAAAUUCCAGAAGAAGAAGCAGGAUGUGAAGUCAUAGAGCGGGCGCUGUCAGCUGCCUCGUCACUUGAUGUGGGCCUGGUUUUGCAUGUCAUCAAACUGCACCGUCAUGAACUGAAAAGGAAGGGUGGGGGUAGGGGGGCGGGGUGGUCUGGAGCUAAAUAGUAUCUUUGUGAAAGUCUGUGUGUAAUUACUAACUUAUAAUGAUAUAUACAAAAAUAAUACAUUAUCAAAUGAUGGGUGUACUGUAUGUAUUUAAAUCGGUCCUAUCAUUUAGCAUAUUUAGUUUGUUUUUUACUUCAAUGACACUUGCAGUAGAGCUUUAUGUUGUAAUAGUUUUUCUUAUGUCACAAUCAGUGUAUUAUACCCAUGUAAAGUUAACAGCAAACUAAACGUCUUCUCAUAAAUUGUCAAAAACUGAUUAUCUUUAAUUCAGGGGGAAUAUAAAGCCACAUGCAUUGCUGUGAUUGCUUGGGUCAUGAUUUCAUUGACAGUCUCAGCAAGGCGUCAUAAUCAAACGAUAUUGCAGCUCUACUGGAGCUCCGUUAAUGGCAUUUCCCUCUGGCUGGGUAAAAUGAUCCCACACAGUUGCCAGUGCUUUUACGCCGUAUGACUGAUGCUUUUAAAAUCAAAUCAAUGUCUAAUUUGUAUUGGGUCUCCCCUCCAUCACUUCUGUUCACCUGAUGACAUGAACCUCUCUGAGCUGUCAGCUUUGUAGAGACUGUAGAUGUUGUGCUUGUGAUUUGAUUCCAUUCGUGUCUCUUUCCUUGUUCUUGUUCCAACGUGAUUUUAACAAUCACUGUUCAGUUGGCUCAUACUUGUUAACUGUACAAGCACACACACUUAUGCAUGCAAGCUUACACAGUUACACACACACACACACACACACACACAAAAAUAAAUAAAAACAUUGUAAAGGAGUGCAAGUUGAUUUACUUUCUACCAAAUUGUUCCAGUUAGUGGAUGUGAUUGAAAUGAGUCAUAUUGUCCAUUACUCUGUACACAGUAUGUGCAGCAUGUGAAGUAGAUCAUAAUAAAAUGGAUUUAUUAACAUCUA